ACUUUCGGUUUUCGCGGUACAUCCACGAGUUUGAAGAAUGUAUGCAGAUAUAUUCAGUUCUUCUGAUAGUGAUCGGGAAGAGGAGCCAGUCAGACGUAUCGAGUCACGCCCUUUACAUUUGUCUAGUGAUGAAGAAGAUAUUAAACGUAUUGUUAAAAGUGGUCGGAAUAAACGAUGUGAAGAAAUGCAAAGUAUAAUAAAGAACUUGAACAAUCAUAAGAAAAUUAAGGAUAUGUCAAAUGUAAUCAUUGGUAUAUAAAAAGAAUGAUAUAUUUAAACGCUUUUUGAUCUAAAUGAAUACAGAUUUUCAAAACUUGGUAAAAGUGUACGAGAAAUCUGUUCAAAUGAAUGAUUUCGAUGGAGUGCCACCGUUUUAUGUUCGCUGCAUAGCAGAGCUUGAAGAUUUUGUUAACGAUUCGUGGGAAAAGAAAAAAGAGAUGAACAAGAGUGCAGUUAAAUCACUUGCCACGUUAAAACAACGUGUGAAGAAAUAUACACGACUAUUUGAAGCAAAUAUUCGCGACUUUCGUGAAAAUUCAGAAAAUUAUGUAGAUGAAGAACCUGGGAUUUCUGAUACCGAAGCUGAUGAACAGGAAACAGCUCCUUCACCGAUAAAGGUUCCUGGAACUUUACCUACUUCCACUGUCAAGAAAUCAACACGAAAGUCGAUUGCAUCUGAUUCAGAGGAUGAUGACGAUGAUAUGGAUGAUAGUGAUAGUGAUGAUUUUUCUGAUGAUGAUAGUUCAAGUACUAGCAGUAUUGAUAUCAAUUUGGAUCGUUGUAAAGAUCCUUCGGUAUACUUUUUAAAAAGUACUUCGGAUGAUAAAAAGGAUAAAACGAAAAUUAAGAAAAUUGCAAAAGAUCGAUCAACUAAAAAACAAUUAAGAGCUUCAUCUGAUAUAGAAGAUGGAACAUGGACUACAAUUGAUUCUUACGGACGACCGGAAAUUCAAGUUCAAGCCUUUGAAAAGGGACAAGAAAUUAAUUUUGAUGUUGUAGUUAAGAAAAUGACAGAAAUUUUGGCAAGUCGUGGUAAAAAAGGUGCAAGUACCAGUGAUCAAAUUGUGUUACUUAUGCAAGUUGAAGAAAAAAUUAAGGAGUGUAAUCUAUCUCACGGUUUACACGCUAAAGUACUAUUCGCUUUUAUUAGCGUAUUGUUCGAUUAUGACAAAAAACAUGAUUGUAUGAACUCCAGCUUAUUUGAUCGAACUCUUAAUGCAUUCGAUCGUUUAUUUGAUCUGUUAAAUGAAGUAAAUAUUCAAUUAAUUGCAUUAGAUUCUAAUGAUGAUGAAUCAUUUGAGCAUGAACCGUACCGUAUCAAAGCAUCUAUUCUGACUGUGGUGGGUCUUUUAGAUGUUGAAUGUUUCAAAGUUCUGCAAAAUGCCAACGGCCAUGAAUCAGAAUAUGUUGAAAGACUUCGAGAUGAACGAAGAGUCUGUAAUAUUAUUGAUCGUUUGUGUGCCUAUCUGGAAAAGAAAGAAUAUCCUUCAGAUGCACUCUGUGCUGCUUAUCUUCAUAAACUGGAACACAUGUACUAUAAAUUUGAUUUUGAAUGGGGUCGCAAAGUGGAAGCUUCCAGUAUGGAAGAAGUUGGACUUCAUCCUAACACUUUGGUUAUUCAAAAACUAUGCGAAUUUAUUUAUUUAAAUGAUCGAACAGAUAGACUACGUACUAGAGCUAUUCUCUGUCAUAUUUAUCAUUUAGCUCUUUAUAAUCAAUGGUUCAAAGCUCGUGACUUGAUGCUUAUGUCUGAUUUGCAAAUGUCAAUUGAACAUGCUGAUCAGUCAACCAUGAUUCUGUAUAACCGUGCCAUGGUUCAAUUAGGCUUAUGCGCUUUCCGUCAGUCCCAUAUUCGUGAUGCACAUAAUGCUUUAGCCGAUAUGAUAGGAUCUAAUCGUAUUCGGGAACUACUUGCUCAAGGUCUUCAUACUCAGUCUAGAUAUGAGAAAACUACUGAGGAAGAGAAGCGUGAACAAGCCUUGCAGAUGCCAUAUCAUAUGUAUAUAAAUAUUGAUCUAAUAGAAUGUGUCUAUCUGGUAUCCGCAAUGCUUUUGGAAAUUCCAAAUUUAGCAGCUCAUGAAACGGAUUUACGUUGGCGUCCUAUCAGCAAACCGUUUCAUCUUGCCUUACGCGUUCAUGAUCGUGCUGCAUUAGUUGGACCACCUGAAACACCAAGAGACCAUGUUCUAGCUGCUGCUAAAGCUAUGCGUUAUGGAAAUUGGAAAGCUUGUACUAAUUUUAUCAUUAAUCCCAAAAUGGACGCUAAAAUUUGGGAUUUAUUAUUUGAAUCGAAUAAAGUAAAACAGAAUUUAGAAAUUAAAAUUAAAGAAGAAUCAUUACGCAGUUUUUUAUUCACUUUUAGUGCAAUACAUGAUUCAAUGACAUUAGAUCGUUUAUCUGUGUGUUUUGAAUUACCGAAAUCUGUAAUUUAUUCAGUUAUUUGUCGAAUGAUCAUCAAUCAAGAAUUAGCUGCCUCUUUGGAAGUUCCUAGUGAUGCAUUAAUAAUGCAUAAGACAGAACGUUCACGUCUUCAGGCUCUUGCUUUACAACUAAGUGAUAAAGUCAAUAGUAUAGUUGAAAUGAAUGAUAAACUAAUUGAAUCACGUACUGGUGGUUUGUCCGGUUUGAAAGGUUCUCAGUCGUAUCAAGGAACGAGGCGCCAGGCAUUUGUUUAAUUCAAAGGUAGGUAUGUUUAACACAUACUGUAUUCUAAUCAUAAUAAAUUCGGUUUGUAAGGGAAAUGAUUGCAGUGAAUCUAAUAAUGUUCGUAGAUUUAUGUUUACUUUUUAUGAAGAUUUUUCAGAAUGUCUAUUUUGUGUGAAGUGAUUUCCGAUGUUGUUUGAUUUUAGUUACCAUAUUUAUCCUAUUUCGCAUAGCAAAAAUAGAUUUGAUUGCCAAAUACUAACUAACCUUUUAGACUAUGAAGCAACUAACCAUCUUUGUAAAGCUACUUAUGUGCUUCCCUAUUCUGAUGUGGGUGUGGUAAAAUUAAAUGUGUUUAGUGUUUAUGGAUCAGUUGGCAGAGUGUAUUGAAUCCCGGGUUUUACACUCGUCGUUUUCUAGGCUAACUUGCAGUCUUGGAGGAACUAGCCCAGUCUGUGAGAUGAGAACCCGAGUUACCUAAUGUUUGUUAUACUCUUCUACUGUGUAGUAUUCCUCAACUACGAUGCUUCACUUGACUCUUCCAAAAUCGAAACGAGAGUUGAAACUGGAAGAUAUCUAUUCUUAAAAUAGGGACAACGAAACACUGGUGAAAACAGUGGAGUUAACAAAAGAAUCUCCUAGCAUCCUUCUGAUUCGCCUAACAGCUAUGAUUGGUUGAAAGUAGACCGACAUGUCUAUUCCCGUUUAAGUCCUAUAAAGGUAUAAAAUUGUCAGGAUUCUAUCCAGCUGAUAUUACUGAGCUAUUCAGGUUGAUAUUGAAUUUCCUUUACAUUGACUAAACAGUGAAUAUUUGUAACAAACAUAUGCAAUGUUUGUUUAGUCCUUAGUUAAUGUAUUCCUUUCUUAUGGUUUGUUAGAUGCGCUUUGUAGCUUGUGAUCUUGUAUACAAAUUUUUUGGGUCAAUUUUAGGCUUAUAAUGCAUUAUUUUUUUAUCUGUUAUCUAAUUAGGUCGAUUGUUACUGCUGGAAAGAGUAUAGUCUAUGUUACCUUUGAUCUUCUCCUAAAUGACUCAGACUAUCAUUUAUGUUGACUAAAUUAUAAUUUGUUAGGCAACGAUUUAAAAGAGCUGUUCAAUAGUACUGUUUUUCAUUAAAUUAAUUCAUCGACUGUAUUGAACUAAUAUAAUUAAUGGGUUGAUUUCGAUCACACUGCUUAAAUAUCACUCUAUUUUAUAUUCCUCUUAAGCACUAUAUCAUUCUAUUCUUUUCGCCAUGGAUUUUGUCUCAGUUCUCUCAUUUCAUUUCAUUCUCUAUUGCUAUCUGUACCUUUGACUUUUACUAUUAGUCCCACCAUUUAUCUAUUUUUGGUGUAGGUUUUCUGUUAUUUUCGUCGUGUAAUCUGUGACAGUUUCAACCAUCAUAUAAGUGCCGGUUUUUUUUGGUGUAUGUCUCUUAUUUAGAUUAAUAAUUUCAAUACACUAACAAAGAGAUUUGUGUUAACAUUAACCACGUGUUUUGUGGCACUAUUUUACUGUUUUGCUUGUAAGAUCACCUAUUCCUGUUUAGUGCACUUAUUCUUCAGUAUAUCUACCGGUAUAUCUGUAUAUUUUUAAAAAAAUAGUCACAGGUUUAUUGACAUCAAGAAUUUCUAUUUGUUUUUGAAUUGCUUAUUUAUUCAUUCAUAUACAUAUUAGCUCUUAAUGUUUGUACAGAAUUGACAUAUAUUUCGUAGGGUUUUGGUAUCCUGUUUAUGUACUAUCUUGACCUUUUUUAAAUAUUUAUUUACAUUUGACAUGCUCACUUAUUUUAGAACAAAUUUAUUAAUGGAAAACUAGAGAUUCUUUUAACUGAGUACUUCUUUUGGACCGGUGAUUGUUUGUAGAUCUCUCAUUUACUACCUAUCACAUACAUUUGUAACAUCGGCAGUUGGCAUUAUUUCUUGUGAAUUAUACGAUUGUAUACCUAAACCGUACAUGAAUAACAAUUUGCUUCCUUUGAAAAUCAAUAUUAAUUAUGUCUUAAUUUUCUUCUCUUGUUAUUUUUUUCACUCAGCACGUCGUGUGGGGACUCGUUACGCAUUGAAUAAAUUUAACUGAAAACAUGGCAAAUUCAUUCGAGAUUGACUGAUAAUUUGUUGACCUAUUUCCUAGUACACUUUGCAGAUUUCACACGCCUAUCUGUUUUAUUGUUACUGUAAUCUUAACUUAAGCUUUGUGAGCUGCAUAUUACAAAUGUUAUCUAGGUAUGAUCCUACGUAUGCUCGUAGAAUGUCAGUGAAUUCAAUCUUGUUCUUCUAACUUUUACUUGUUCUGUAUUAUGAAAAACGUCAAACUACUGUUUUGAUCACUAGUCUGACAGAGACAUUCUCGUCAGUAUUAUCACUUACCAUACUUUAUUGAAGGUGAAAAGUGUGAUUGUUUUUUUAUAAAUAAAAGUUUUAAAAUGCG